CCAUCUACUACUCAACCACAACCACCACCACCACCACCACCACCCUCCUCACCAUCAUUCUCAUCGGGUGGGCCUCAUCGAGUCACCGUUAUCGGCGGUGCAGUCACCGGUCAAGGUAGCACCAGCAGCAGCAGCAGCAGCAGCAGCCAGUCCGGCCAAGGUUCCCCAGCAAACUACUACAGCAGCAGCAGCAGCAGCAACCAUGGUGACAUCAGGUGGACAGAGCAGCUCGAGCAACGCGCCAGACUCGAGCCGACCAUCGACAAACGGUACAGCCGAUCGUCAAUGGGCACGGGACCACUCACCAUCAGCCGAUGGUACCGUGGAUGAGGGAAGCAACGACGGCAACGGUGAUGACACCCGGCGCCCGGCCCCGUUGGACCGCGUGGACGACGACGACGGCGGCGACGGCAGCAGCAGCAGCAGCAACAACAACAGCAUCUCCAGCGGCUCCAGAAUGGUGAACAGGGUACACCGGCAGCAGCAGCAGCAGACCGAGGAAGAGGAGGAAGAAGAGGGCCUGGAGCAUGAGGGGGAUGAUGAGGGGGCGAACGAUUCCGGUACGGAGCCGCACCACCACCACCACCACCAUCAUAGCGAGCAACGGCGCAUGCGGAAGCUUCGCUGGCGGCAAACGCCCACCAGGAGGGGUGGAGGGGGACGGUUGAGCCGACCGAGCGUACCGCAAACCUCACCGGCCGGUACCGGUUCCUCCGAUACAGCGCGUCCGGAUCGACCUUCUUCGAACAACGACGACGAUGAAGAUGAAGAUGAAGAUGAUGAGAUGGAAGUAGAGUACGCCGUCCUGCUGCCGGACUCGUUCGCCAUCCUGGACUGCUGCCUGGACCGUAAAGGUGCCCCAUAG